CAAAUGGCUAAAUUUAUGUGAUUACAUUUCACAUUAUCAUCACAUCAUACUAAUCACCCAUCCUUCCUUCUACAAAACCAGAUCCAUAAUUCACCAACUUCUUUUCCUUUCUUUUUUUCUUUUUUCUUUAAAAAAAAAAAAAAGUAUAAGUAGUGAAAGAAAUCACAAAACCAAUCCAAAAAAAUAGAGAAAGUUAGAAAAGGAAAACUGCUAUGGGCGUGUGCGCGUCUUGUCACAAUGUGAAAAGGAUAACAACAACUAGAGGCGGUAAUGUGAAAGGCGGUGUUGGUGUUGGUGUUUCUGUUGCUCCACCACCAUCACUUUCAUCGGAAUCUUUUCGAAGACCUUCGUCGAUUAUGCUAAUGAACAUUUCAACUGGUUCGAUCAAGGAGUAUAAUCAACCAAUACCUGCAAACGUCGUCGUUUCGGAGAACAGUAACAACAACACCAAUUGCUAUUACAUAUCAAACGCAGAGUCAAUGUGCAUCGGCACGUGCAUGCCACGCGUUCCCGAUGAAGAGGAGCUUUUACCUGGUCGAAUUUACUUCCUCGUCCCGAUCUCGCAUUCUAAUUUCCCUUUAUCACUUCCUCUUCUCUGUGAUCUAGCCGUUAAAGUUAGUUCCGCACUUGCAACUGCACACCGAUAACGGUAACGGUUACAGAGUUUAUCGUGUAGAGACUCUAGGAUCAUCUCCAUAACACCACUAGGACACAAAUCAGAGUCCUUGCUGAAUGAUUCAACAAGCUUUGGUAGAAGUACUUUUUGGUCCUUGCGUACACC